UACCGUCCAAUAGAGUUCUGUUACCACUGUUUAUUCUAACCCAUUUAACACGUGUGACAUGCUCAAGUUCAGUUUCGGUUUUAGCGGUUAACCUUAUUUUCAUGAAGUGUUCUUACAUUUGUUUGAGCCAAUAGCAGCUGAAAUAUGAAGAAAAAAGAAUUGAAACGUAAAAGGACAGUAAUAAAUGACAGUAGCAAGGACAUUAAUAAAGAAAAUGUACCAGAAGCUUUACCAGCGAAAAGAAUGUCAGACGAACCACCACCUAAAAAGGUGAAAUGGAUUAAUAAGCAACGAGUGCUGGUUUUUGCAACCAGAGGAAUUAGCUAUAGAGACCGUCAUCUUAUGGAUGACAUGAAGAAUCUUAUGCCUCAUCAUCGUCCCGAAUCUAAAAUAGAACGUACUAAAAACUUACAAGUAAUUAAUGAAGUAUGUGAAAUGAAGAAUUGUAACAAAGCAAUGUUGUUUGAAGGCAGAAGAAAAAGGGACUUGUACAUGUGGCUUUCAAAUGUUCCUACAGGACCAAGCGUAAAAUUUCUUGUUGAAAAUAUCUAUACUAUGGGAGAAUUAAAAAUGACUGGAAAUUGCCUAAAGGGAUCUCGUCCUUUGUUAUCGUUUGAUGAUACUUUUAAUGCAAAGCCACAUUACAGUCUCUUAAAAGAGUUGUUUGUUCAAAUAUUUGGUGUGCCUAAUCAUCAUCCUAAAAGUCAACCUUUUUUUGAUCAUGUAUAUACAUUCAGUGUAUUAGACAAUAGAAUAUGGUUUAGGAACUUUCAAAUUUUGACAGAGGAUGGUGGCUUAGCUGAAAUUGGUCCAAGAUUUGUAUUAAAUCCAGUCAAAAUAUUUGCAGAAAGCUUUGGUGGUGAUGUACUUUGGGAUAAUCCAACAUAUAUUUCACCUGCUAAGUUUCGACAAUACAUAAAUAAAAAAGCUGCUGGUAAAUACAUAAACAAGGUAGAGCAGAAAAUGGUCAAAGAAAUUAGUAAACCCAAAGAAUCGUAUGCAUUAAAUCCUAUGGAUGAGAUUUUUAAAGGUGAUCCACUAGAGAAAGCAAUGGAACUACAAGCCACAGAGACGAAACCAAUGCAGAUUAAUAAAAGUGAAAAAAAAACAGUAAAAAAGGGUGCAAAGAAAUUUUUAGGAAAACAAAUAAAGAAAGCUAAUUCUAAAAAGAAAACAAAGAAAUUAAUGAAAUAGUUAUAUGUACAAGAAUUUGUAUUAUAAUGUUAAAAGUUUUAUUAAAUACGUCAUACAAUAAUACAUUUUUAUUUUUGACUAUCAAUACAAUUUAAUAUACACAUUUUAUUAAGGCAAAGCAUGUGGUAUCAUGAACAAUUCAUAAAGCGUACAACAUUCAUAAAUAUAAGUUGUAAUGCAAUGGAUAAUCAUAUGAUAUUUGUAAAAAUAGUGUGACGUACGAUUUUUAUAUUGUUAAUAAUGGUUCAUUUUAAAACUAUUUGUAUAAAAUUGCACUGAAUUAAAUAUUUAUGUAACCGUUUAGAAUGCAUUUUUCCAUUUCUACAAAAAUGAUAUUACACUAUCAAAAUAAAUAUCAUUCAUACAAGAAAUGAAAGGAGUAAGGAACAUUUUAUUCUUAAUAAUAAAUGCAUAACGUAGUGUUACAUCUCAAACUCAUAAAUAAUUAAAUUCAUUAAUGUAGUCUUAUACAUUAUUCAAUGCCAAUGUAUACUGUAAAUUAUUAUCGUUUAUAGUAUUAUGAAUUAUGCUGGCACAUACUUGUACUUGAUUUAGAUAUAUGAAAGCACAUAAGCUAGUCUAAUAUAUUUUGUACAUUAUGAUGCGAAAGCCUGAGUCUUAUUAAUCACAAUUUAUAGUGAAAGUGCUAAACAUAUUAAAUUUAAAGCUAACAUAUUUGCAUAUUUUGCAAGUUUAUGGUUACUACUUUUUAUAUGGAAUAAAAUUUAGAUAAACAAUGUAUGUUUGUAUAUACCUACUUAAAAUAUACACUACAUUUUCCAGCACACAUAACAUCUUAUCUAUUUAACAUAAAGGUUAUAUUUUAGUAUAUUCAACUGCUUAUAAAAGUGUGUUAUGAAAUCCUUAUAUUACAAAUAGAAAUACUGACAAACAUAUUCCAAAGGAAAGAAUAUAUGCUCUUUUUCUUGGACGAAAUAGUAAAGUAUUCUUUCUGUUAACAAGUGUUUACAAAAAUAUAUGCAUUUAAAAUCAUUAAAAAAUACAUGAUUCAAAUUUGUCCUUUGUACAUAUACGGGACACUAUAUAACAGUGUUAAAUAAUUUUUCUGUAAGGCCUGUUACCUUUUUAAGAAAUAGUUAAAUUACAAAUUGAUGUAACAAAACUAUAGUAUAUGAAUAUAAAAUUUUCAAAUAUUGUGCGAUAUAUAAUUAAGUAUAGAUCAAAAUAAUUCUACACAACUUAUUCUAUUACUUAUAUCUUUUUGUAGGUUAGAAAAAUUUUAAAAAGUAUAUUAAAUCACAUAAAUGCAUGAAAAUAUAAUAAAACAGUGUUACUAUGUUGCUAUUACUUUUGUAUGUACUUCAGAAAUUGAAGUUAAUUAUUUAGAAAAUGUAUGUAUAAUUGGACUUGUUACUGUUUGUUUAUUUGAUGGUGGGACAUCAACUUGAAAGAUUAUUGGGUCCUUGCUAUCGUUAUAACUUCUGUUACAAAUUGAAAGUUUUAAUACUUGGCAGUAAUUUUUAGACGAACGAGAAAAAUUCGUUUAUACGAUAGAAGUAAAGUUAUAAGUACACAAUGAUGCAAUUUUAAUGUAAAGUAUUCGUAGUCAUUGUAAAGUAACAACACACACACACAUAUAUUUUUGAGUGUGGCUAUGUACAAUUUAAAAUUGCAUAAAAGUGAUUAAAAUAGUCAUAAUUUUCAAAUUUAAAAAAAUCUUUAAAUGUUAUGAUAAAACAUGUUAAAAAAUGUGUAUAAAAA